AUGCAGACACGCAAGGUGGCGGCGCACUGCCUGGCGGUGGACGCGGACGGGCGCUGCUACUCCUGGGGGCGGAACGAGUGCGGGCAGCUGGGCCAUGGCCAUCAAACGGAUCUCAAUCAGCCCACCAUCAUCGAAGCCCUCGCAGGCAAGAGAAUAGUCGCCGUGGCAUCGGGUCGCAACCAUUCCCUAGCUGUUGCCGAGGACGGCAGUGCAUGGGCGUGGGGCUCUAACAAGCACGGCCAGCUCGGCACGGGCUCCCUCAAAACAGAGCAAGAGAAGAAGCCAGUGCUGAGUGCAGUGAAGAGAGUGCGAGCCGUGGCAUGCGGGGGCGAGUUCUCCUGCUGGAUCACACACCCCGACCCCUCCACCUCCUCCGCCACCACACCUCCCCCCAACAAUGCCUCCACCUCCGCAGCAGCAGCAGCAGCAGCAGCAGGAGCGGCUGGGGGUGCAGAGCCUUCAGAGCCGCCCUCUCCCCCCAACCUGUUCACAGCAGGCUUGCCGCAGUACGGGCAGCUGGGCCAUGGCACUGACAAUGAGUACAACGCCAAGGACUCGGCUGUGAAGCUCGUGUAUGCCCCUCAGCCCACGCCGCGUGCCGUGGCUGCUCUGGCGGGCCGGGAGAUGUGCAAGGUGGCAUGCGGGACCAACCACACAGUGGCUGUGGACUCCAAGGGCUUUGUCUUUACGUGGGGCUUCGGGGGGUUCGGUCGGUUGGGGCACAAGGAGCAGAAGGACGAGUGGCGGCCGCGCAUGCUCGACGUGUUUCAGCGCCAAAACACCCUGCCUGCCUCCGCUGUCGUUGCUGCUGGCGGGGCCUUCUCUGCCUGCACUGCUGGCGGCGGGCAGCUGUACGUGUGGGGCAAGGUGAAGCAGACGGGCGACUGCUGGAUGUACCCCAAGCCGCUGCUGGACCUGAGCGGGUGGCACAUCCGCAGCAUGGCGUGUGGCACCACCACCUCGUGCGUGGCUGCUGAUGCCUCCACCAUCUCAUGGGGCCUGGCGCAGCACGGGGAGCUGGGCUACGGACCCACGGGCGCCAAGUCAUCAGCCAACCCGAAGAAGAUUGACUCACUCGAAGGCAUCCACUCCAUACAGGUGGCAGGCGGAGUGGGAUUCUUUCUGCACCUGGUCUCGCGCACGGGAGCCCCUGGGGAGAGUGCAGAGAAACAGAGCAAGGCCGGGAAGCUGCUGGAAGCGCUUCCAGUAUUCACCCCUGAGCCUGACAUCAUCUCACAAAAACCUGCUGGCAAAAGCAAGGGGGCCGGCACUGGGAGAGCACGGAAAAAGGAGGAGAAAGAAGAGGCUGAGGUGGAAGAGGAGGGUGGGGAUGCAGAGGGAGGGGAGGAGGAAGAGGACGAGGAGGUGGAGGAGGUGGAGAGUGAGGAGGAAGAGGAGGAGGAGAGCGCAUCAAAAAAGAGAAAAGGGAAGGGUGCGAAGGGAGGCAGUGCAGGGGCGAAGAAGGGGAGAGGAGCAGCAGCAGCUGCGGCUGGCAGGGGAAGGGGUGGAGGGAAGGGGAAGGCAGCAGGUGCAGCAGGCGGUAAAGGGAAAGCUGCAAGAGGGCGAGGCAGAGGGAAGAGGAAAUAG